UCUCCGUCCUCUGUGGCUGUCGCUUUGCAUUUGCAUGUUGAGAAGGAAUUUUUUCCACUAUUUUUGUGGAAUUAAAAUGUAUUUUUGUAGAAUUGUUUGAAUUUUGUAGUUGUAAAUAGUUUUUUGAAGCGGACUGUUUGCGUGAGUUCUGUGUGAUUUGGCAUUCGAUGGUGGGAGUGAUGUAAAAUCUGUGUUUUGAUUUCCGCUACAUCCGAGAUCGUGUGUUCCGCCGAGAUCGCCAUUAAUGGUCCAAAAGCGGAGUUGCGAGAUUAUUAUGUAAAAAAAGUCGUGUCCAACUUGAGCGGAUCAGUGUCGGAUUGAGAAGUGAGGAGUGGUUGUCGCAUCGCAUUGUAGCGUUUGUUCCUUAUUGCUUGUGCGAGGUUUAACCUUGAACUUGCCACCAAAAUGUCCCGACGUCCGAAAGGCCCCGGUCUCAAAAUUAACGUGACCGAAGCAACCAAUUCCACCCCAAUGACGCCCCCCAGGAACCUGGACAAAACGGCCACCAUUACCAUCGGCAGCAACACGUUUGUGGUUGAGGCAGACAACCUGGAGAAAAUUUGCGAUCUGGGCCGGGGAGCGUACGGAAUUGUGGAGAAGAUGCGCCACAAGCAGACCAACACCAUAAUGGCCGUGAAGCGGAUAACGGCCACCGGUCAAACCCAGGAGCAGAAGCGGCUGCUGAUGGAUUUGGACAUUUCGAUGCGGGCCAGUGACUGCCAGUACACGGUCCACUUUUACGGGGCGUUGUUUCGCGAGGGCGACGUCUGGAUUUGCAUGGAAGUGAUGGACACUAGCAUAGACAAGUUUUACCCAAUCGUGUUCAAGAACGGCCGGAAAAUGCCCGAGGACAUUCUCGGCAAGAUUGCAGUCGCAGUUGUUAAUGCACUUAAUUAUCUGUACACCAAGCUGCGUGUUAUCCAUAGAGAUGUAAAGCCGUCCAAUAUACUUAUCAAUAGGCAAGGCGACGUGAAAAUUUGCGAUUUUGGAAUUUCAGGAUAUCUGGUAGAUUCCGUUGCUAAAACGAUCGAUGCUGGCUGUAAACCUUACAUGGCACCGGAAAGGAUAGAUCCGCAAGGAAAUCCUGGCGAAUACAACAUCAAAUCAGACGUUUGGUCCCUGGGCAUAAGCUUAAUUGAGAUGGCCACCGGAAACUUCCCGUACAGCACGUGGGGUUCGCCGUUCGAGCAGCUAAAACAGGUCGUCAAAGAUGACCCUCCCCGGCUCCGGUCGGACGAUUUCGGCGAUGUGUUCAAAAACUUAAUCAUCGCUUGCCUGCAGAAAAAUUUCCAAAACCGGUACAACUACGAACAGCUGCUGAACCACCCUUUCAUCCAGGAGCACACGGAAAAGACGACCGAUGUGGCGACGUUCGUCAGUGAGAUUCUGGAUUUGGCUGCCGGGCCGCCGCCGCCGACCAACUAGUGAUAUAUACAAAAAGAAAAGUGCACCAGCCGCGCCUAGUUAGGGUUUUUAAAAGAAACAUAUUUAAUUUAAGAGUUUUCUGGUCGAAGAAAAGAUGCGGAUUUACAGUGCGCCUUUGUGCAGCAGUUGUUGCGAAAAAUUUACAAUUAAUAUGCCAUAAUUUUGAUUUUCUUUUUCACGUUUCUUUCUUUCGCUAUUUGUUCAAUUACUUACUCACACAAAAUGUUAGGUAAACAUAAUUCGAUUCUAAAUCAUUAUUUUUCGACGGAAGUUUCUUUAAAUUGAUCGGAGAAUGCGUUUGAAAGUUUUUUCUGUGUACAAAUUUGUCUGUAGGACAUUAUUCGAAUAUAACUAUUUCAUCUUUAGGUAGCAUUGAGUAUGAUUCGAUUGAUAGUUAUAUUGAAUAAAAAAAAACUUAUUAAUAUC